AUGUGGAGUUUCGCUGAGUGUAAUCACGCGGAUGCACACGGUGCCACACCAAGCGGGGCUUUUGGGGAUGCCGUCGCCGUUUCGGGGCCUCCGCCACCUGCGGCCCAGCGACUAGAGCCGAAAGACCUGCUGGACGAACUAUUUUCUUCCCCGACGGAACCAACCGAAACACCGCGCGCCGCCUGCUUUGUGCAGGAUAUGGCGCAGGGAGACAAGUCCACGACAGCUCAGCCACCCAACGGCGAUGACUCUUUCUUCCAGCUAUUUGGAGAAUCGGUUACGGUAGCAACAGAUAUGACUGGGUGCAGUGCCCCAGCAACAACAGCGACGACAGUUCUUGACGCCGAGCAGCUGGAGGAGCGCCGACUGCUUUUUGAGCGUCUCGUCAGCGAUGAGGUUCCGCGGUGGUAUGAGGCUAAUAUCAUUCUACAGAGUCUUCGCUCUUCCUUGGAGUGCGAUAUGGAGGAGCGGCAGCAGGGGGCAGGAAGGCAAGUGGCGGAGAGUCAAUCUCUCGAGGCCGCUGCAGAGAAGGAGGUAACACAGAGAUACGACUGUGUCUUCGCCUCCACAGCAUCGUUUGUAGAGUUCCUAAACACAUUUAAGCAUGUAUCAGCUUUCCCAACACUGCAUAAUAUACAACUUGCCACAACACUCCGAAAAUGUGUGCAGGAGUGGGUGGAGAGUCAUGGAGGCUUUCGUGUUGUACUUUUGGACUCUGCUCUGAUCCAGGAUCUCCAGACACUAAUUGGGGUGGUCGAUGAGGUAUACAAUGUUGCAGCGCUGAGUUCGCCUCACUCGGCACCAGAAGCGUUAUUGCUGGCAGCGCUCACGGACCUUUGCCGUUAUUGCAUGCAUAUGGCGUGCAACUUACUUUCUCAGAAGGAUUACUCAUUUUUGGGAAGAACCAUGAACUCAAUGAUGGAGCAAAAUUACUCUCAUCUCACGCACAUUGAAGAAGAAAUGCGGAAUCAUCAAGCGGUGUUGCAGCUGCUCGUUGUAGCGCGGUCGACCGCUUACCACCGAUGCUCAGAGGAUGUGCUGGCAAGCGUCUCCCCUCUCAUAGCAGAGGUUCUCUCCAUCUUUGACAUGCUCUCUUCUGUACCUAUAGUACCACUCGACAAGGGAAAGACUACAGGUGCACGCUGCAAACUGAGUGGUCUCAGGCUGGACUCCGGUAACGCCUCUGACAUCGUGCAUGACUUUGUGCGCCGCUACUGGGAAAAGGUGGUGCCUGAUAGCGCCCCUUUUCCCAUGUAG